AUGGCUAUAUUUCAUAAAUACUUGUAUAAUAUUAAUUUCUUACAUACCGAUUUAACUACUAAAGAAACGAAAGAAUCCAAAUAUAUUAUGUAUGAUGAUCUUAUAGAACAUCGAAGAUUGCAAGCUCAGAGAUCAGUUUUAAUAGAGAUUCAAUCCUAUAGAUCUUGUAAUGAUGUACAUAAAUAUUGUUCUCGAUAUGGGAAAAUUAAAAAUAUUUUUUAUUAUUCUAAUUCAAGAUUAUUAAGGCAUUUUGCUUUUAUUGAAUUUGAACAUCAAGAACAUAUCGAUAAAAUUUUAUCUAUUUCAACACAUAUAAAUUAUGAACAGAUAAUACCAGUUCAUUCCUCAAAUUUGUGGUAUCGGAAUUUAAAUAAAUCUAUAAAUAACACAAUAUUUAAAGAAUCUAAAACGCAAUUCUGUAAAUAUACUUGCAAAAUAUUACAAGAUGGUGAUAUUAUUAAAAUAUUAAAAGAUAUUAGUACGAUUUCAGAACAAAUUUUGUCAUUAUACGAAGCAACCAAAUUAAAUGAUAUAGGUGUUCGCUUGAGAUUUUAUACAGCUUAUCAAAUUGAACGCAGUUUUCAUGGAUUAUUUCCAAAUAUAGCCAUUUUACCAUUUGGUUCAACUGUUAAUGGUUUUGGUAAACAAAAUUGUGAUUUAGAUUUAAGUCUUCAUUUUGAAAAAGAAAAAAUCGAAAAAAUGAACAGUAACUUAGUAUUCCAUACUAAAUAUUUUUCAAUUACUGAUAAACAUAGAGUUCAAAAUGUUAUGGAAAUAAUAGCUGGAAUAAUGAAUAUUUGUAUACCAGGUAUUUUUAAUAUAAGAAAAAUUUUACAAGCUAGAGUUCCCAUUAUUAAAUUUGAUCAUAAGCUUACUGAAAUUGAAUGUGAUCUAUCUAUGACAAACACGUCUGCAUAUUACAUGUCUGAGUUAUUAUAUAUGUAUGGUGAAAUGGAUUGGAGAGUUAGACCUCUUAUUUUUACCAUAAAAGCAUGGGCAAAAAAUUGCAGUUUAACAAAAGAUACUGCUGGACCAUGGAUAACAAACUUUUCAUUAUCACUUCUGGUAUUAUUUUUUUUUCAACAAUUGAAAAUACUUCCUCCACUUGAUCUACUUCAAUCAUGUGCUAAUACAAAUGAUAUUCGCUUAGUUGAUUCUCACAUAGAUUGUACUUUUUUACGAGAUAUAACUAAAAUUCCACAGUAUACACUUGAAACAAAAGAAGAAUCUCUUGAAAAACUUCUUUUAAAUUUUUUUAAUUAUUAUAGUACUUUUGAUUUUGAAACGAAAGCUAUAUCAUUAAGAAAAGGUAAACCGAUAUUGAAGCCAGAACAGUGCGCUUUGUAUAUAUGCAAUCCUCUUGAAAUAAAUUUAAAUGUUAGUAAAAAUGUGAAGAUUGAAGAAAAACAUCGAAUACAAUAUGAAAUGCGCAAUGCAGUAUGGACUAUGGAGAAUCAAAGUAAAUUAAAAAAUUUAGGAUUAAUAAAUCUAAUUUUUAACAGAAAAGAAGCUGUAACUGUAAAAUUUAAGGAAUCUAUUAAUAUUAAAAAAAUUUUUGAAACUGACAAUUCAAUAGUAUGAAACCAUUUAUAACGAAAGUAAUCAGUUUUUAUGUACAUAAAAGUU